UUAAACUUUCGACUGCUAGAAUGAAUAACUACUGUGCAUGCGCACUGAUUAUUUUCGAAGUUAUUGCACUCAGCAACAGGUAGCGUUUUAAACACAACAUGUAUACAAGUUUCCCGCCAAAAUGAGUGAUAUUCGCGCAUCGAGUAUGAUCGGAGUUCUGUUUAAAAUGUUGAAAGUUUUCUAAGUAAAAGUUGUUUAAAAGUGAACGAGAAUACUAAACCAUGGAUCCGAGCGAAGUAGAAUUUCUGGGAGAGAAGCAGUUGGUUACCAUUGUGCCGAAUUUCAGUUUCGACAUGAUAUAUUUGAUCUCAGGAACAGUAGGCCCUUUUCGAGCAGGUCUACCUGUCAAAGUUCCGAUUUGGUUGGCAGUGAAUUUGAAACAACAGCAAAAAUGUCGAAUUCUUGCUCAAGACUGGAUGGAUGUUAAUAGUUUGAAUGAAGCUAAAGAAGAUGAAAAGUUAUCAAAAUUAUUCACAAAAAUGCCCAGCAAUCACUACAUUGAUGAAGCACAACUUUUAUUAAAUGUUGCAAGUGAUGAUAUACCGGAUUCAGAUGCAAUAAGAACAGCAAUAAAGGAUAUAUGGGACAUAAGAAUGUCCAAACUUCGUACAUCGGUGGAUGCAUUUUUGAAGAGCGAAGGUCUGCAUGCAAAGUUGGAUCAUCUAACUGCCAUGGAAAUCAACAGUGUGCGUCCAUUACUGCCCCAUACUUUGGAUCAAAUGCUAAGGAUUCAAAGUGCUGGAGGAUUGGUACAAUCACAGUAUCCAGAGGAAUCACAAUAAAACUAGUAUGUAGAUAAAUAUAUAUAUUUUUUAUGGUAUAAGUAUACAAAUAUUUGUGAAAUAUUUUUAUUGUUGUAUAAUGGUAUAGGAGUAA